CUACAAACCUACUUUGCUCUACUGCUUACAGCAGAGUUAUCUAUGUGCUGGCAAAUUUGAUCCAGGUUUUGGCCUUGCAAAAGUGCAUUUUAUCUUGAAGGACAGGAGAUGUUGACAGAUCACAAUGGUUGGAAGUAUCCACACCACCGAAGACACAACCAACGGUCAGCUUUCACCUGACAGAGCCAGAAAUGCUGGACUGUGUGAUGACUCCAAGGGGGAACAACUCUCAGUAGGCAGUCAUAAAGGGAGACAACCCAUGGAUGGUGAAGAAAUGCACUCAGCUGGUAAAGAAAAUGGAAAAGAUGUGGACAGAGAUGAUAAUGAAGGGACCCAACUUGUUGGAGAUGAGAAACAGAGUGAACAUGGGGAUGCGGAGGAUGAAGGAGAUAAAUGUGAAGUCCGAGUUGAUGUGGAAGACAAACCAAGCCAGACUGUUGAUUAUGGGUUUUACAAGUGGAUUGUUGUUUUGGGGUGUUUUUUCCAACAUUUCUUAACAGGGGGGUUUGAGCGAACAGACGGGGUGCUGUACCUGAAGCUGAUCAACAGAUUCAACCAGAGUGCACAAGCUACAGCCUGGGUGGGGUCUCUGUCGUCGACGGUGCGGCUGAUGCUGGGCCCCGUGUCCAGUGCCUUCAGUAACCGGUUCUCGAGUCGAGUGGCCACCAUAACGGGCGGCAUCAUCAUGACUGUCGGUGUCCUCAUCAGUGGCUUCGCUCCAAACCUCAUCUUCCUCUACUUCAGCUACGGCGUCAUUGGAGGUAUUGGCCGGAGCUUGUCGUAUACCCCUGGCCUGGUCACGGUGGGACAGUACUUUGCCAACAAACCCGGGUUGGCGGUGGGUCUGGCUACAUCAGGUGUUGGCGCCGGAGCGUUUGUCAUACCACCGUUAGCUGACUUCUUGUUUGACGAGUUCAACUUCGUGGGGGCUUUCCUCAUCUUGAGUGGGCUGGCUCUAAACUUGGUUGUCAGUGGAGCUUUGUACAGGCCCCUUGAUCUGCAUAAGAAAAUACUGGCAGUACAGAGAAAAAAGAAAGAAAGAGCCAAGUUGAAUUCCCCCCAUGAAGACCAAGCUGAAACACAUGCAAGGGAAGACGUAGAGCUACUGCUUGUCGACAAGCAUGUGUCAGUCAAAGACACCCAAAAAGAAGUCCUUACAGAUUCCCAAAACUCUGAUGGUCACAAGUACUCUGCUGUUACAGCAACAGACCAGGUUGCUCCCGAGAAAGCUGAUUCCGUUGACAACGACAAAAGGCCUUGCUGGCGUGGUAUAUUCACAAAGUGUGUUCCUGAAAAAAGCGAAAAACUUCAGAAGGAGAAAAAAACGAAGCUUUUGGAAUUGUCACUAUUGAAAAACCUUCCUUUUUUAUUGUUUUGUAUAAGCAUAGCCCUGUUUACAUUAUCCUUUAAAUCUGCAUUUACUUUUUUACCUGCGUUGGCAAAGUCCCGCGGCUGCACUGAGAGAGAGGCGGCAUUGCUCAUGUCAGUAUCUGGUAUCCUUGACACCAUUGGUCGGAUUAUAACAGGAUUCGUCUUAGAUUUUAGAAAAAUUCAAUUUCGACCAUAUGUGUACAAUGGAGUGAUGUUCCUGAUUGCAACGCUGUCCUUCGUGUGUCCAUCAUUGCAUUCAUUUUGGCAGUUCUGUGUUCUGUGUGGACUUUAUGGCGCCUUGACUGGUGCCUAUGUGUCUCAGAAGUCCGUCAUCAUUGUGGACAUUCUUGGAGUGGAGAAACUUUCUAGUUCCUUCGGACUGUUGAUUUCCUUCCAAGGAAUCGGUACCCUGAUUGGCCCUCCGGUCUCAGGUGUGUUCAAGGACGUGUUUGGCGACUAUACCCUGGCGUUCUACUUUGGUGGCGCCAUGAUCAUCCUGGCAGCCAUCAUCAUGAUCUUCUCCAACGUGCUGCUGGCAAUACAGAGAAGAAAUCAGGUCAACUUGAAGAGGUAAACAGGAUGGGGAGAGACGGUGAAUAGGUGGAGUGUGUAAAGUACAUACUCUCUG